UAGGUCAUAAUAGGAUUCGGUCAUAGUUUUAUAAUUUGUGUAUUUAUCCCAGAAAGAGUCAUCAAAACUAGAACAGAGACACAUUUUAAAUAAAUUCACGCCUAUUUAUAGUAUAAUUAAAAAAAAAAACAAAUAGGAGAAAGCUUUUGGUGUUCAUAGCGACAUUUCACAAGGGUCAUACAAGAGUGAGGUUAAGUUAACAUAAAUACAACGUAAACAAACGGUUAAGCAACAACAAACACAUCAUUACAAUGCCCUAAAAAGACACUCACUAACCCACACUAAAAUGAGACUCCUCUGGUCGUUAUAUAAGUUACCCAUAAGCCGGGGCUGUUCUACACAAGCAAAAAGCCAUUACAAUGUAAUAGUGAUCGGAGGAGGCCAUGCGGGUACAGAAGCAUGUAGUGCCUCGGCCCGAAUGGGCGCUCGCACCUUACUUAUUACCCAUAAAAGAGACACCGUAGGUGAAAUGUCUUGUAACCCAUCGUUCGGAGGCAUCGGCAAGGGUCAUUUGAUGCGAGAAAUUGACGCCCUAGACGGCGUGUGUGCUCGCAUGUGUGACUUAUCUGGGCUACAAUAUAAGAUUCUGAAUAGGAGCAGAGGUCCGGCCGUGUGGGGCUACAGGGCACAAAUCGAUCGGAAAUUGUAUAAAAAACAUGUGCAAGAGGAGCUCUUUAAAAACACUCCUAAUCUAGAGGUUCUCAUUGCCCCCGUAGAAGAUUUGAUUAUUGAGAACCCGUCCUCGAACAUUGUAGAUUGUAAAGGGGUUAUUUUAAAUGAUGGCACUAAAAUCAGCUCGGACUGUGUAGUGAUCACCACCGGGACUUUUUUGAACGGCCGGAUUAAUAUGGGGCUCAAGGUGUAUCCCGCUGGGAGGAUUGGGGAUGAGCCAGCGAUAGGUUUGGCAACGACCUUGCAAAACCUUAACCUCAAAAUGGGUCGGCUCAAGACCGGGACUCCGCCCCGUCUUAGAGCCGACACCAUCGACUUCUCUCGCUGCGGUCAGCAAAAGGGAGACAAUCCCCCCAUUCCGUUUUCUUUUCUUAAUGACUCGGUGUGGAUUGAUGCCAAAGACCAGUUGCUUUGCCACUUAACCUUUACAAACUCCAAGAUUGAGGGUAUCGUUAAGGAUAAUAUCCACUUGAAUAGGCAUGUGUUCGAAGAGGUCACCGGCCCAAGGUAUUGCCCCAGUAUCGAGUCAAAGGUGCUCAAGUUUGGGGGUCGGGAGCACCAGGUUUGGUUGGAACCCGAAGGUUUUGAUAGUGACGUCAUUUAUCCCAACGGGUUGAGUUGUACUUUACCAGAAGAGCUCCAGGUGCAACUGAUUAACUCGAUUCCGGCCCUAGAAAGGGCCGAAAUCCUUAGACCGGGUUACGGGGUCGAGUACGACUUUGUGGACCCCCGAGAGCUCCGUCCUUCUCUAGAAGUGAAACGGGUCAAAGGGCUCUUUCUUGCGGGGCAGAUAAACGGUACCACCGGGUACGAGGAGGCGGCCGCCCAAGGGAUUUUGGCGGGCAUCAACGCCGGGGCUAAGGCCCUAAACAAGGCCCCGUUGAUCAUCAGUCGCACCGAUGGAUACAUCGGGGUCAUGGUCGAUGAUCUGACCACCAUGGGCACCACCGAACCCUAUCGGAUGUUCACUAGCAGGGCGGAGUUUAGGUUAACCCUACGCCCGGACAACGCCGAUCAACGGUUAACCGAAAAAGGUUACGCCAUUGGUUGCGUCUCUAAACCUAGAAUGGAGAACAUGUCGCACAUGAAGGAAAAAUUGGAGAACGGCGUGGGGCUGUUAAAAAGUGUGAAAUUCACCGUGAGCCAGUGGCGUCGCAUGCUCGGCGCCCCGCCCAAUAAAGAAAACAACUCGAAAAAAACGGCCUGGGAAAUGAUCGACCCAAAAUCCGAAGUGACCAUAGACAAUUUGGCGACGGUGGAGGCGGCCCUGUUGCCGCUCACUUAUGACCGCCCCCUGGUGGCCCGUUUGCACAUCGAGGCGCUGUACGAGGGCGCCAUCUCGGAGCAGCGGCAGGAGGUGCAGGAAGUGCGCGACAACGAGGGUCUGCUCCUGCCCCGGGAUCUCGAUUAUAACGCGGACACGUUGAGUUUGAGUUUCGAGGAGAGGGAGAAGUUGGCCGUGGUGCAACCUCAAACGAUCGCCGCGGCCAGUCGGAUUCCCGGAGUGACGCCCUCCUCACUUUUGCGACUCUUGAGGCACGUGAAACAGAAGAACGAGGUUGUGAGGAGUCUGGAGAGUUGACGCGUUGGCACUCUUCCUCUUGAUUUUAUUGAAUAAAAAUUAUUAGAAAGUUGGCAA